AUGGAAACUUUACAUGGUCUUGGUCGACGUCAUGGCUUCAUCAUUUUGCUUCUUGUUAUGUUUCUUUCCUUUGUCUCUGGUUUUGCUUUGAACAGCUUUUCGUAUGAUGCAAGAGACGUCAAAAUUCACAGUGAUGUACGUAUUCUCUCCGGUUCUGAUUCUGGAGGAUUUCCUCCAAGGGGCAAAGAAUAUCUGUUGUGCGGGACUCAUAACCCUGAUCAAGAUGGUACCCUUUUUUCCCCAUAUUGUGAGAAAGGAUAUGUAAUCAGUGAGAUCAAAUUCGCCGACUUUGGUCAGCCUACUGGUUCAUGUGAAACGUUUAAACAUGGAAAGUGUGGUGCAGCCGCUACUUUGAAGCUCGUCAAACAGAAUUGUCUUGGAAAGGAAGAUUGUUGGCUUCGUCUGACGGACCAGAUGUUUGGACCGACCCAUUGCAAAGGACCUGUUAGCUUCGCUUUUUUCGGUACUUGUAAAAGAACAAAACAAUAG